AUGCUAUAAAUAGAGAAUUAUACAGGAAAUAUGAAAGAAUCAAAGUCUAUCUCAAAUGGGAGUGCAAAAAUAGAUUCAUCACAAUCUAAUGUAAUACAUAAUAUUGAUAAUACAAAAUUGUAUUAUGAAAAUGUAUUUACAAUAGUUAGAAUCCCGUUUUUAAGAUGGCUCCAUUAGAAAAUUUUCAAAGUGUGAGUGAAAAUUAAUAUACACAUAUCUUCAGCUCAUUUGAAUAAUCUCCUAGACAAGAAGAUUAAUAACACUAAAAUUAGUAAGGAAUUUAGUAAAUAUCUAAAAAGAGAGCAUUUUCCUUUACAGAACAUGAAACCAUUAAAAACGAUCAUAGAUACAAUAUAUCAGGGGAAAUAAGAAAUAAGAAGUCAUAUACUGUUCGUAUUACAAGAGUAUAAGAAUGCAAAAGAAAAGAAGAAUAAAAUUAGUUGAAUGCUGAAACACCAAAACUUGGAUAAAAUUAGUUAGAAGAUUCAUAAUAGAUUAUGAAAUAGAAAAUGGAUUAAUCAUAAUAUUAUUCUCCAAGAAUUAUGAAUGAUAAUUCUAGUUAUGAUCCAAAAUAAACUUAAACAACUGCUUGGGGUUCGAUCACAAGUAAGAUUGAGUUAGAUUAAAUUUUGAAAGAAUGCUUAUUAAAUUUUUAGAAGAAUAAAGCUUUAAGAUCUGAUGAAUAUGUUGCUUGUCUUCUAUUUUGA